AUGGAGAGCAUGGGUAUACCGGUAGAUAUUAUAAAUAUUUUUCGUUACUGGUAUCGGAAUCAGACGAAUCACGUGAAAUGGGCCAAUAGACUCUCUAGGGCGUACAGGUUGAAUUGCGGUGUGAGACAGGGGGGUUUAUCGUCUCCUAAGCUAUUCAAUCUGUACGUGAAUGAUCUCAUAGUGGAGCUCAGCAGUAUGCGUGUCGGAUGCAAGGUUGGUGGUGUUAGCGUUAACAACAUUAGCUACGCGGACGACAUGGUAUUGCUGAGUCCCACUGCGAGAGGAAUUCGGGAGAUGCUGAAGGUACUUACCGACGACCUUAAAGAUGAUCUAGAUAUUGAACGGGAGCGGAGGGCUUUGGCGGUGCGAGGUAAUAUGCUGGCCCGCAGGUUCGCACGUUGUACGGAUGAAGUGAAGAUCACACUCUUUAAAGCGUUCUGUCAGAAUCUGUACACGGGCGGCCUGUGGAUCAGCUAUACCAAAGCAUCUCUAAACACCCUUCGCAUCCAAUAUAACAAUAUCUUCAGGAUGAUGCUGAAACUUCCCCGAUUUUGUAGUGCGUCCGAGAUGUUUGCACAAGCAAGGACGGAUGGCUUCCGGGCACUCAUGCGCAAGAAAGCUGCAUCUCUAAUAAAUCGCGUAAGGGGAAGUGACAACAGCAUCCUGAAGAUUGUGGCAGAUGAUCCGCAUGCACCUAUAUUAAGGAACUAUGUGCGGAUAAUGAACGAAUUCGAGAGCAGACCUCCAGGAUAUAUUCGCUCAUAG